AUGCCUGCCCAGGCCAGUCGCAAGGCUGCAAGGCUGCAAGUCUCGUCGCGGCGGCCAGUCAGCACGGCGCCCAAUACAAAUGCCCCAUCGCCCGCCCUUUUGCUCGCUGCGGCUUUCUUCCUCUGCGCUCCUCUCGUUGGUCGUGAAUCCUGCUCUCUGCCACUCAAAUCCGAGCGUCCAAUUCGAUUUCCUCCCAGCUUAUCCUAUCACCAUUUUUCCCUCCCUCGCUCUCUGUCCAUUCGUCUAUCCACCUGCCUUCACCCGCCUUCCAAUCACUUGACUCUUUGCUGGGUACCGCUGAGUCGUGAAGGAAUAUCGUUUCCCCUGCUCAUCCUCCGCGACCUGUCAAGCCUUGUCGUGGUGCCGCCAAGCCCCAUCGCAGUCUCGACGAUUUGGUUAGCGCCUUACCCUUUUGCGACCCGUGCAACACCCGGCGCGUCCGUCGCAUCUCAUCUAUAUCUCCGCUGUUGUUGUCAACUUGCGCGCUCGUCGCAAUACACUUCAGUUGCCAUUAUCUCUUCGCGUCAAUCGAAAGCAGCCUUCUCAAUCCAGAUCCACUCGCGAAAUAACCGCACCGUUGCUCGUCUUGCCUCGCGAUUCGGUGCUGCUGACUUGGAUCGACAAGCAGUUACCUCUCAGUACCCGUCUAGCGCAAACAUUCUGCAUCGCCCGACGACAGCUUUCGCGCUCUCCUCGUUCCUACGCCCUUGA